AUGAGCGCAGCCACCCACUCGCCCAUGGUGCAGAUGGCGUCCGGCAACGGCGCCGCCGACCGCGACCCCUUGCCCCCCGGCUGGGAGAUCAAGAUCGACCCGCAGACCGGCUGGCCCUUCUUCGUGGACCACAACAGCCGCACCACGACGUGGAACGACCCGCGCGUGCCCCCCGAGGGCCCCAAGGGAACUCCGGCCUCUGCAAAUGGCCCUUCCCGGGAAGGCUCCAGGCUGCUGCCCGUUAAGGAAGGCCACCCUGUGUACCCCCAGCUCCGACCCGGCUACAUUCCUAUCCCUGUCGUCCACGAAGGCGCGGAGAGCCGGCACCCUUUCCGCACCUAUCCCCAGCCUGGGCCGCAGCGUUUCCGAACCGAGGCAGCAGCGGCCACGGCUCCUCAGAGGUCGCAGUCCCCUCUGCGGGGUGUAGUGGAAGCCGCCCAGCCAGAUAAACAGUCUGGACAGGCAGCAGCAGCUGUGGCAGCCCAGCCCCUAGCCGCCCACAGACCUGAGCAAUCCCAGUCUCCAGCGGCCUCGGACUGCUCGUCCUCAUCCUCCUCGGCCAGCCUGCCCUCAUCCUCCAGCAGGAGCAGCCUGGGCAGUCACCAACUGCCCCGGGGCUACAUUCCCAUCCCUGUGAUCCACGAGCAGAACGUUGCCCGGCCCACAGCCCAACCCUCCCUCCACCAAGCCCAGAAGACCCACUACCCGGCUCAACAGGGCGAAUACCAGACCCACCAGCCUGUGUUCCACAAGAUCCAGGGGGACGACUGGGAGCCCCGGCCCCUGCGGGCAGUGUCCCCGUUCAGAUCCCCCGCCCGGGGUGCAUCAAGCCGCGAGGGCUCACCAGCCAGAAGUAGCACCCCAGUGCACUCGCCCUCGCCUGUCCGGGUGCACUCUGUCGUCGACAGGCCUCAGCAGCCAGUGGCCCAUCGAGAAUCUUUCCCUAUUCCCCCACCUGAAAACAAACCAGAAAGUAAGCCAGGCGCCGCUGGACCAGAUCUCGCUCCAGGGCACAUCCCAAUUCAGGUGAUCGUGAAGGAGGCGGAUGCUAAGCCUGUUUCCCAGAAGCCCCCACCACCCUCGGAGAAGGUGGAAGUCAAGGUUGCCUCUCUCUCUGCUCCAGUUCCUUGUCCUCCCAGCCCUGGCCCUUCUGCUGUCCCCUCGGCCCCUAAGGAUGUGGCUGCAGAAGAGAAGGCAGCCCCUAGUCCUGCCCCGACAGAAGCUGUACCCACAAAAGCAGGAGACGCCGAGCCGCCCCCAAAACAUCCAGGUGUGCUGAAAGUAGAAGCCAUCCUGGAGAAGGUUCAGGGGCUGGAGCAAGCUGUAGACAACUUCGAAGGCAAGAAGACUGACAAAAAGUACCUGAUGAUAGAAGAGUAUUUGACCAAAGAACUACUGGCCCUGGAUUCUGUGGAUCCUGAAGGACGAGCUGAUGUGCGCCAGGCCAGGAGAGACGGCGUCAGGAAGGUUCAGACCAUCCUGGAAAAACUUGAACAGAAAGCCAUAGAUGUCCCAGGUCAGGUGCAGGUUUAUGAACUCCAGCCCAGCUCCCUUGAAGGCGAUCGGCCGCUGCAGGAAAUCAUGGAGAUGGGUACCAUGGCCACAGACAAGAAAAGUGCCGGAAAUGAAGGCGAGCCCCAAACUGAAACACAGCAGCCAGAAGCCAAAGAAGCAGCAGCUCCAGACCCCGCCAGCACGACAGAAACAGCUGGUAACCCAGCAGCACCGUAGUCCCCGCUAAAUAAAAUCAGGCCCAAAGACUUGGAAUUGUGUGCUUAGGGAGCUUUAAGUUGCAUGAGUUUCAGGACUUGAGAUCAGUUGGUUUUUAUUCUUUGUAGCCGCUUGGUACGCAGUAACAACGUGGGUGGAGGCAAGCACACUAAUAAAAGGGCUAAGAGGAAAAUUACGCUUUGCUUCUCUAUCCUUAUUCUGUACAAAGGAAGUUGCUUGUUGUUUCAAAGCUUAACCCCAUCAUCACUUGUUGUUUGGGGCUCUCUCUGUACAUUAGCACCACAUGUUAGCCAUAGCUGUGAGCUGUCUUCUGUAGCUCUGGACUGAAGGAGUGUUUUUAAGAGUGGAUGGGAGUCAAUUUUCCCUUCCCAUUAGGUACCAAAUCCAUUCUUCAGAAAUGUUGCCAUUUGAGUGGGAUGAUUUUCUUCAUCUCAUAGUUCAUAGACCUGACUUUAGAUAGAAGAGAAUGUUUAAGGAACCAUAGGAAUAUCUGUAUGUUGGAUGACUUUAAUUCUACAUUCGAAAAAAGAAAAAUAAAGUAUUAACAUAACUGAACGUAUUCUUGGUGGCUUCCGGGUUGUCUGUCACUGGUCUCAGUCAGAAUAAAUGGUAGGCAUGUUGACAAGCCUGCCUUGGGAUUCCCAGCGUCUCUACUGGCCCUGUUCCGGAGAGAACGGGUCUCAGUCAUUUUUCUGUCUCAGGUUCCGCUUGGAACCUGGGCCUGUGAACUCAGGUGACAGCACUGUGCCCACCACACCCUUCCAGACUGCCCCACCCAGUGGCCACCAAGCCACUUGGGCAGCAUCUCUGCCCACCCAGCCUCGGCCCACCCUCAGGCUACACCAAGGGGCUAAGAUUGUUCAAAAGUGCCCAGGGAAGUGAGUUCCCGGAAUUGCCCAGGGCUCUGUGGGAGUCUUGGAUCAUCUUUAUUGACACCUGAGUCACCAGACCAGCAGCACCAGGUUAUCUUCUCAGAUCGGGUUCCUAGAAGCCACUCGGGUUAGGGACCAGCUGCACACAGAAGCCACUGGGUAAAAGAAGAUCCUUCUUCUUGGCCACUGCUUUUUAAAAGCUUGAGAAGGACCACAGCCCUAGAAUUUGGAGAGGUGCUAGAUUUUCUUUAACCACUUGACAAAUCUGAAAAUGAAAGGAAGUGUAAGACGGGCCUGAGACCUUGGAACUUCCAGUGAGCAUCCUAACUUAAGAGUACUGAGCUGAAUUCUCAUGACUGUAUUGAGUUUAAUGUUGGUGCCUGACGAUGCCGCACAAAAAUACACACUGGUGUACUUGCCACCCUUAGCUUGCUGAGAAACGUUGACGUCAUUCAGAUGGGAGUGCGCCAGCAUCAUUCCUGGGUGAACUCAUUUGGGGAGUACAAGCUGACUGCUAAAGACAUGCCACUGAUUCUAGAAACUCAAACAUGUAAAUGGGAAAAAGCUACCGUACUAUUUUUAAAAUGAACAGUAGAUAAAGAAUGUGACCAUUUCUCUUUGGGAUUUGGGUGUCUAUUCUUCAUGGCCUGAAAACAACAUUAAGGCUCCUUCAGUGGUUACUGAAUUGACAUUUUUUAUCACUCAGCAUCAUCAAUAAGUAGCUGUU